AUGGCACAACCCCCCCCAGGGGGGUUUAACAACAAAUGGAGGCCAUCUGGCUCUGGCACUACUUCCCAAAAGAGGAAGGAAGCCAGGGAAGCCAAGCAAUGGUCCUUCCUGGAAGGGGACAACCCUUCUGGGAAGAAGUGCUUGGAAAAGCACCUGGCUAGCUUGGAAGCAGCCAGAAAAAAGUGCCUGGACAAGCUCCAGCAUGCUGAGGAGGACGAAGCCUUGGAAAAGGCUGAGCAGGCACACAAGAAGGCCAUGAAAAAACAGAAGAAGGCCAAGCAGUCCUUGGAAAAGGAGUCCUUGGAAAAGGAUGUGGACAUGGAAGAGGUCAAGGUGGAGGCUGAGCCCUUGGAAAAGGGCAAGCCUGGGAAGCAUGGUCCCAGGAAGGCCUCCCUGGUCUCUGCUGACACCUUGGAAAAGGAAAGGCAGCUCAAGGCAAAGUUGCAUGCUUCCUUGGAAAAGGAAAGGCAGUACACGGCAAAGCUGCAAGAAGCCUUGGAAAAGGCCAAAUCUGCUGCUGGUACUGGGGCCAGCAGCAGCAGCAAGCCAGCUGGCCCCAUGCAGAGCAUGCCCCUGUAUGACAAGCUGUCCACCAGCAUGGCCAUCUUCAACCAGCUGGGGGAAGAUGGCAAAGUCGACUGGGCAUGCCACUUGGGCUGCACAGUGAUCUUUGAUGAUCAGCCUGAGAUCAUCAAAGAGGCCAAGCAGUGGGGGCUGGAUGCUUAUGGCAUUGCACACCCCAAGGCCAAGCACAAGGGCCAGUUUUGGGCCACCUUUGCUGAGGCUGUGCUGGACUACUUGGACAAGCUGGCCCAGUACCAGUAG